AUGCCAAAUGAAGUCACUUACUUUGUUCAAAUAACAGAUCCUGACAGCGCCUACAACGUUGGUACUUUGAGCUUAAAGGAGUCAUUCAACUUCCGAAAUCUUUUCAAAGGGACUCUACGAACCAACAACCUUGAUAUUGAAAUUGCUAAAAUUGGUCCAUCUCUAUCCAACCUUGCCGAGUGGAGUGGCUACCAGGUUGUAAGAGAUGGGGAAAUGACUCAAUUCAUUAAACUCAUGAGUUCAAGCUCGCUGAUGUUCCGCAGUGUGAGCAUCACUGGUCGUGCCGACAAAGUGACCGACAACGUCGACAAUGACGUUUCUAGACGUCAAGGGUGGGAAUACAUUAAAGCAUUUGCCACCCAGACGGAGGACCUACGACUUCAAGAUCUUAACGAGUGGGAUCUUCAUAAUUUCGGCAAGGAAGCUCACAAUUUUGGCCGUAGCCAAUUUUCAAAAACAAUGCCAACCAACGUUUCCAAUCUGAAGACUGACAUUAGUCCAGAGGACCUCAUUGCCUCUCGUGUUCAUCUACCUCUGGGACUUGGCAAUCUCGUGGUGCCAAGGGACACACGCAGCCCAGUCAAAAACAAUGCAAGGGUUGUGUCGAGUAAACGGAAGUCGCUGUUUCCUUUUGCCUCUCCACUGAAGGACGACGAAGUCCACAUCGGUCAAGAAUUCUUGGAGUCGGCUUCCAGUUUUGCAGCCAGGCAUAUUGAUAACGACGGUGACACCCAAACGGGGCUCGAUCAUCUUGCUAGGGUUGUGACUGAUCAACUUGUCAUUGCUGCUGGAAGCGUUGCGUCUCUUUAUUACGACAACAUCUCCACCGAAGUGAAUCAUGACAAAAAAACGGGACUUGAUUCACACCAGGUCUUUCUUCGCCGUAGUCGACUUGCGUCAGGUGUAAAAAAGGAUGUCCAGCGCCAUGUUGGAGACGUUUAUUCCUACGGUGUUUCGGAGGGGAAAAAUCGAGGCGCACACGCCAUUGGAAUUAUUUUGGGAAAGGAUCCGAAGGAUGCCUGUGUUUUCAAAUUCGGAUCUGCAGCGCAAACAUCCCUACAAUCAAGAGAACCAACUGGUCGACUCGUUCAGGUAAAGGUUGAGUCAAAAGACCAGAGACAAUCUAAAAUAUUGACAUUGUUAUCUUUGGUACGCGAAAGUUGGAAGAUUGUGGAGGAUCAGGUUGGCGCCAUGGUUACCUUUCAGCUGAGAAAAGUAUUUUCUACAAACCAUGGUGACAGUAUGAAUGAAGAAACCGCAGAGGCGGAUCACCUGAGUGACCUGUGUGAUAGUGUGAUGGAUGCGAUGCAGUUAACUUUCAGAAUUGGCAAAAUCGACGGCUACCAGUCGGCGCAAGAGAAGUUCAAGUCCAGCAAUGGUCUUUCAUGCAACAAAUGGAUCUAUUCAUUUGUUUCUUCCAAAUCUGAAGAGGCUAUCCGUGUGACUAGAUAUGGCAAGAACUUGAACAAGCGCAAUGAACAAUGUGCUAACGGUCACGAUGAGGACAACUGGCAGUUUGGUACGGCACAAUUCGGUGCUCCGAUCGACAUGGACAGUGAUGAACCAUACUAUGUCCCUGGAACAAAGCGUCAAAAGUAUUUCAAAUCGUAA